AAGUGCGUUCAGAGAACAAACUCUUCUAAUUUAAAGUCUUUCUCUUCGAGAUUAUUUCAGAGGCUGUUUUCGCAAAUUUGUGGAGCCGUGCCACAAUGUUCACACUUGAAUCUCGACAAACUGAAUCCGGCUUUUGUCAAAUAUAUCAUUGUUCAGCAUGAACUCUUACGAGUUACCUUAUUGCGGUUCUGCUGUUCACUGUUUCACCACACCCUUCAGAGGCUAGUCACAUCUGAGAAGGACAGACUUCCGUCGAUCUCCGCUCCACCCGUCCACUGUCAAUCUGAGGUUUGUGGAGCUGAAGCAGUUGGCUGCCUUCUCGCUGCUGACUCUUCGGAGGAAUAUGAUGAAUACCAUGAAGGGAAAAGAAAAUCACACAAACAUCGGCUGGGGAAGCGGCAGGCUGAUGACUAUGAUCAAGGAAUCGAUGCUGUGCAGGUGCGUGACACGGAUAAACUAGUGCUUUGUUUGAAACGACCGUCAGCAAAAGUUUCUACUGCAUCGUCCUCGAAUGACACCACUAUCACUCAGCGCUCUCCUUCGAAAGAUGAAGAUUACGAAGACCUCAAUGAAACUGAAGAAACCCAUUGCGUCUAUAGGCACCUUAACGACGAAAUGUACCGAUACUGCCUACUAGUUCAUCAGAAGAAGGAUGGAGAUAGAUGCUACUAUCACGACGGUCACACAAUAUGCUGUUGCUUCGUACAUCCAGACAAGGAAACUUGUGAUCCAACUGAAAUCGACUUAGUACGUCCGCCUCCGCCAUCGAGAAUUCCUUCAAUCCGAGUAACACCUCCAACAGAUAUCAACAGUCUUACACUUAUCACUACCAGUAGUACAUCAACGACUAGCACCACUACUACAACCACUACAACAACCACUCCACCCACAACCACCAUCCGGAGUAGGUCCACGUCACGUCGUAUUCUCACCAUAAAACCAAAGCCUGCCAGUAAUCGGUAA